AUGGACGACACGCAUGAGUUUCUGAUACGGAACAGCGCUGAUGAUACGCCCGUACCGCGAGGCUACACUGGCAGUGUCACUGGCGCUUCCAAGGUCAUGUUGAGGGAUGGAGACAGUGCAGCUGACAUGGUCCUCAAGGAGCUUGAGGCUGUCUUCUACAAGCAUAAGCUGGUCCUGUCGAAGAUCCGUAGGAGUAUACGGAACGCUAUAUUGGAAGAGCUUGCUCAAGAGAUGCGAUCUCUACUGAAAACCUCCAUCAAAUCAACGACUACAGGACUGACCACCGGUAAAGAUGGCACACCAAAACCGAUCCGCAAACAAGCCAGGAGUACCCAAGCCGAGCUUGAGGGUCUCCACAGUGCGCGCAUUUGCGCUCUCGAGGGCUUGAAACGGCGCAACGAACAGGAUGAGAUAACCGAGCCGGAUGUUAAUGAGGAAGAGGGUCUGGACGUGGAUUCGCUCGAGGAAAACGACGGCAAGCAACACCCACGGGACCGGUCGUACAAGUCCGCGGCCAAGUGGCUGGCUCACGUUGAGCAUCGUCACCGAGAGGAGCUUUGGCUGAAGGAGGUGGCCGAGGAGGAGGAGUAG